AUGGUACAGACUGACCGAGGUCCCCCGGUGUCAAAAUACAAGGAAGAGCCGGUUGAUGAUCCUUUUCGACACAGCAACCAGGCGCAUCUAUCUCAGCACCAUCCGGUGCAAGCAUCCAGGUCAGAUCUAGCGCCAUUGUCACUGAAACAAGACCCAGUCUCGCCUGCACAGACGACUAUUUCUCUGCCCACAAGCACAUAUCCUCCGCCUCACUCUCUGGGAAACGGCAUCCUGCACUCUCACAGCUCCUACGGGCCCCCAACCCAGGAAUCGCCGUAUUAUACCACCCACCCGUCUUUAUAUACAACAGCAACUGCUCCCGCGCAGUAUUCUUCCAGUGGGCCAUCUGACCUCAUGGCAACCACCGCUCAAAUGCAGAGACCUCCUUACCCUCCAAUGUAUCACACUCCUCAAUCCAACUCCCCAGCUUCUGUAGCGUCACAGCCGCAUGAUCAGCAUGGCCGCAACAUCUACACACAGUCGCCUCAAAUGCCGCCACAGAUGUACGGAUAUCAGCAAUACUCUCCAAUGAACCCCGUCCAACCGUCGUAUGCGACUCACCCAUCACCGCAGUCACACACGAUCACAUCAGGGUCUAUGAUGAUGCCUCCUCAGACGAGUACCGCACAGAUGUCUCCUCAUCAACCAUCACAUACUCCCAAUACAGCUUUAUCCAGCAGCCCGGUCAUGAAGAUGGAUUCGGCUCCACAGCCAGCACCUUCCCAACGAACAAUGAUAAACCCUAACGCCACCAGUACAGGCGUUUCAGCAGGAACUCAUCAGGCACCGGCCCUCGGAACAAGCUCGACCGCAGCACCAGGCCCCAUUCCCGCCACCACCCCGCUUGUUGUACGACAGGACAGCAACGGAGUCCAGUGGAUAGCAUUCGAGUACAGCCGAGACCGGGUCAAGAUGGAAUACACGAUCCGCUGUGACGUGGAAUCCGUGAUCGUGGAUGACCUCAGCCAAGACUUCAAAACUGAGAACUGUGUCUACCCCCGCGCAUGCUGCAGCAAAGACCAAUACCGUGGGAAUCGACUGGUCUACGAGACCGAAUGCAAUGCCGUUGGUUGGGCAUUAGCCGAGUUGAACCCCGCAUUGAGAGGAAAACGAGGCCUUAUCCAGCGGGCCGUGGAUAGUUGGCGGAAUAGCAACCAAGAUCCUCGGUUGCGCAGCAGACGAGUGCGCCGUCAGCAUAAGCAGCAUCGUCGGCAGUCGGUGCAGCCUGCUACUCCCCAUAUGCCUCCUGCUGGGCCUGUUGGCCAUGGAAUGUCGGGUGCCAACUCCGGCCAGCGCGCUAGUAUUGGACCUUUGAUGGGUCCGCCUAUGACACAUCAUCAUGCUCAACCGGACGACAGCCCAAAGAUGGAGGAAGUCAGCGGCACCACAGACUACAUCGGAUCCCAGCGCUCCAUUGAUACAGGCCGCCUGCCCGCACCACUAGGUGCCACCGAUAUUCGACCAGCUCAGGUCUUUCAUGAUGCUCACACCAUCCCAUCAGCCACCAGCGCCAGCCCCUCCAUGGCGCCUCUUCUGCGCGACAGUGGCCUCGGCUCUCUCAGCCGUCAUCCAACCAUAGCGACUUCGAGCCGGAUGGCCACAGCCCAGGACCUCGAUGAUCAAAGUCCCACGAACGAGGACCUUUUCGGCCAGCUACCAGACGGCAAGCGCCGCACCUUCAUCCUAGUCGAGGAUCCACAGCGCGGCUCUCGCGUGCGCGUCAAGGUCGGCUUGGAUAAAGUCAAGAUGGAUGAAAUUCCAGAUUCUUACCGCAAGAAUAACGCCGUCUACCCGCGCACGUACUUCCCAACUCAAAUGAAAGAUGCGCCUCUGCUCGUCGAUCCAAGCAAACGCUUCUUUGCCGACGAUAUCGAGCACACGGGUGACUCGGAAGACUCAACUAUCGGCCGCACGACCGUCCCCGCACCUUCACUGGAUGGCGAGAGAGGUAUCGAAGUACCCAGACUGUCUCGCCGGCGCCACCGGAAAGAGGUCAUGCUGAAUGACCUCGCGUACCGGUUGAGUUGGAGCCAGAGCCGUGUUUUUGCGGGGCGAAUGCUAUUCUUGCAGCGAUCGUUGGAUGCCUAUCGCAAUAAAAUGCGCACGAGUAUGAUUGCCGCUGGCCAAGAGCCUUCGGAGAUUCCCAGGCAUUUCGAUACUCGUCGAGGAAAACGUCGGUUCUUAGAACGGGCCCGUCAGACGGAAAGUGAUGCGCCGUCCGCUGCACAGUGCAGUGCAGAGGAAGUGGAGGGUUAG